AUGAAAAUACUAAUUUUUUUAGCUUGCUUAUUGUAAGGGCUGAAAUCUAGCGCAGAAGUCGAUUAUGCCAAUUGUCUAUGGAGCAAUUGCAGAGAUCUAAGAGAUAAAUGUGGCUAAGCCUGUGCUGUCACAGCUGAAGUUGUUUAUAUCAUGCAAUCAAGCGAAUACUGCCUUACUGGUAGUGAUAAGGUUCUCUAUUAUAAAACCUGCGCUAGUUUAAUCGCAAAUGCAACUACUGGAGAUGUACAAACUUAUUAUCGAUGUCUUGAGAAAUGUUUUUCAACUAUUAUAGGGAUUGGGAUCUUACUUUACACGUUUUGA